AUGGAUGAUGAGACUUCACCAAAACUGCUUGAUCCAACAGCUGCUGGGCCUGCAGAAGGAACUACAUACGAAGGAACGGAAGAGAAGGAAUGGUCUAUGCUUCCUUGGCCGAUGGAAGAUGAGACUCCAGCAAAACUGCUUGAUGCAACAGCUGCUGGGGCUGCGAAAGGAACUACAUAUGAAGGAACAAGAGAGAUGGAAUUGUCUAUGCUUCCUUGGCCGAUGGAUGAUGAGGCUCCAUCAAAACUGCUUGAUCCAACAGCUGCUGGGCCUGCAGAAGGAACUACAUAUGAAGGAACAGGAGAGAAUGAAUGGUCUAUGCUUUCUUGGCCGAUGGAAGAUGAGGCUGCAGCAAAACUGCUUGACACAACAGCUGCUGGGGCUGCAGAAGGAACUAUAUAUGAAAGAACAGGAGAUAAGGAGUGGUCUAUGCUUCCUUGGCCGAUAGAAGAUGAGGAUCCAGCAAAACUGCUUGAUGCAACAGCUGCUGGGGCGGCAGAGAGAACUGCGUAUGAAGGAACAGGAGAAAGGGAAUGGUCUAUGCUUCCUUGGCCGAUGGAAGAUGAGGCUCCAGCAAAACUGCUUGAUGCAACAGCUGCUGGGGCUGCAGAAGGAACUACAUAUGAAGGAACAGGAGAUAUGGAAUUGUCUAUGUUUCCUUGGCCGAUGGAAGAUGAGGAUCCAGCAAAACUGCUUGACCCAAGAGCUGCUGGGGCGGCAGAAGGAACUACGUAUGAAGGAACAGGAGAGAAGGAAUGGUCUAUGCUUCCUUGGCCGAUAGAAGAUGAGGAUCCAGCAAAACUGCUUGACCCAACAGCUGCUGGGGCUGCAGAAGGAACUACAUAUGAAGGAACAGGAGAGAAGGAAUGGUCUGUGCUUCCUUCGCCGAUAGAAGAUGAGGAUCCAGCAAAACUGCUUGAUGCAACAGCUGCUGGGGCGGCAGAAGGAACUACAUAUGAAGGAACAGGAGAAAAGGAAUGGUCUAUGCUUCCUUGGCUGAUAGAAGAUGAGGAUCCAGCAAAACUGCUUGACCCAAGAGCUGCUGGGGCUGCAGAAGGAACUACAUAUGAAGGAACAGGAGAGAAGGAAUGGUCUAUGCUCCCUUGGCCGGUAGAAGAUGAGGCUCCAGUAAACCCAGACGCUGCACUGUCAACUUGUGUAACUGCAGGAGCAGAAUACGAAGGAACUAUUCCGGAGUUUCCACGACUGUCCCAAGAUGAGGAUUCGGCAAAACUGCUUGAUUGGACAGCUGCUGGGGCGGCUGAAGGAGCUUCAUACAAAUGA